AUGUUGGCGCUGACGGUUUCAGGGGUUGGCGUGCGUGUGGUGGUGGAGUUGGGUCGGCACUGAUGGGGUCAGGCGGGAAAAUGUAGAUGCGCGGGCCUUUCUGGCCGUCGGCGUUGGCAGUGAUGCCCAUCUCAUUUUUGUGCGCGGAGGCAGACAUCAUCAGAAAGGUGGACGGGCACUACACGGCCCUAGGUUUGCUAGAGGGAGCUGUAUUGCCUCAGUAACCUGGCUUCGCCAUCAAAGGAGGAGGGAGCAGGUGGCGACGAGCUGAACUAGGCUGGUUGACCAUUCGGCGCGAGAAUUUUUAUUUUUUUCAGACCAAGAACCUUGAGUGCAAUGAGGGAGAAAGCGAGGAACGGACUGGGAAGGACAGCGACGAGAGCGUGUACGGACGGAGCAGGUCGAGUGGCGUUUUGCUCGGGCUGACUACAGCGGCGCCGGAUGGAGCAAUGGCACCGGAGCAUGCGGGCGACAUCGACCCGUGGCGCACGGACAAACAUUUCUAUCUGUGUUGUCAAUUUUUUUCGUUUUUUUUCUGACUUUCCGUGUUGGUUUUGUGUGAUGACAUCGUCACCGGUUUUGUAGAGAGACCCGUCAGAGAUGGCGUGGCUAACCCGGGUGCAUUGGUUUUGUGCCUGAUCGUGGAAGACCCCUUCAAUGUGGAACGAUUCUUAGCUAGUGUCGAUAUUUUUCACUGCAGUGCCUAACACAGACGAUCGGGAGAGAUUCGGGUGAUUGUCAAUUGCUGCUAUGAUGGCUUUGGUUGGUUGUUCUUUUUCACUGUACGGCCGCAGACACAUUCUGACAGCACUUCAGACAGCAGCUUUGUGCCCCGCCAGCUGCUUGUUCCAUGCCUACCAUGGUGUUUUUGUACAGACAGCACUUCAGACAGCAUUAUGCUGUAGUCGGCAAUCUUCCGUUUUGGUAUAGAGUGGGACAGGGAGGGGGUGAUGCUACUGUAGUCGAACGGUGGGACGGACGUGCAGUUCAGUUUUUGGGCACGCAUACGGUGCUGCAGGGAUUUUUAGGUGUACCUCUUCGGGCUCUUGCAUACCUUUUUCUCGUCAGAUGUGUGCGUGUUCUUUAGAUCCU